AUGAACAAAAAUGAAGGAAUAAAAAAAACAAUUAAAGAUGAUGAGGAAGAUAAUGAUGAUGAUAUAGAAUUUGUUGGUUUACAUCGUAUUGGAGAUGAUAAUAAUAAUACAAGUACCAAUGAUAUGACAAAAAGUUAUGAUGCAUCAGAUGGAGGUGUAUUUUUAGAUGACUUAUCACACUCAGAUAUUCAAUUCAAUGAUCAACAAAGACACGAUUCAGAUUCAGAAUUACAAGUUCAAAAUUUAUUAAAUGAAAGAGAACAACACCACCAACAACAAGACAAUGAUUUUGGCGAUAGGAUGCUUGAUGAUGAUAUUGAUGAAAACAAUGAUAGACAAGAAAUAAUUGAUUCAAAUAAUAUUUAUCAUUCAAAUUUAAAAGCAUAUAAUCAUAGUGAAAAUAUUAAAUUACCAACAUUUAGUGGCAGUAGUAAUAAUAGUAAUAAUAGUAAUAAUAAUAAUAAUAAUAAAAACAAUGAUGUAGAUUAUGAUAUUGAUGGUGAUCCUAUUCCAAGCAUUGAAGGAAUUAAUAAAAUUAAUAAAUUAGGAAUUGCAGAUGAUCUUAAUAAUUAUGGUUUAGAUGAUUAUGUUGAAAAUAUGGAUGUUCCUCCUCCUUCCUCUUCUUUUAAAAAUAAAACUACAACUACAGCAACCACUACAACUACAACUUCUAUUUCGAGUCAAAAUGAUAAUUAUCAAAUAAUAGAUAGUAAAUAUGAUCCUAAAACUACAAAUUUAUUUAAUACUCCUAUUGCAUUAAAUAAAAUUAUGAUUUUCAUUAAAGGCGUUGUAAUGUAUAGAUGUAGAUUUAUACAAUCAACUUUAUCAAAACCAAUUGAUUUAAAAAAUGAAUCUCAACAAAAAAGGGUUCAAGAGUUAGCAUUCGUUUUAUUGGAGCAAAAAGGAAAUAUUCAAUUUAUAAAACAUGAUAGAUUCAUCCUUUCAUUAAGAAUUCAUUCAAAAAAUUCAUACAAUGAUAAAUUUAUAAUUUCAAAUCAAAGAGAUGAACCUAUGAAAUUUUGUAGAAAUAAAUUCACCUUUAUAAUACAACGUUUGUGA